AUUGCAUCCACUCACACCACGAAGGACGACUCUCGCCACCAUGCCAACGCCACGGUCGUUCUUAUUCUCCGCGGCGAUCCUUCUAGCGGAGGUGGACGUGAGGGCGUUCCUCAUCCCUUCGCCCAUCGCAGCUGCAUCAUCAUCACGAGCACCGACACUGCCGAGGGUCUCCAAGGUAUACGGCCCGUCGCAAUCGUUGGCGAGGUCGGGCCGCGGCAUCGGCACUAGGCGACGAUGGCGAAGGUCGACAGUGGCUAUGCAAGCUGGAGAGAAGAACUUGUUCGAUUGCAUACGAGAAGAAGACGUUGACACGUUGAGGCGUUACGUUGAGCGAGGGGGGCCCGUGCACGUCGCGGACACCCUGGGCGAUACCUCCCUGCUCGUCGCGGCAUCGACGGGGAACGCAGAGGUGGUCAAGAUCUUGUGCGGAGCCCCGGACGCGGCGGUGAACUACCCCUGCUUUCACGGGGGGGAGACUCCCCUGAUGGCGGCGUGCACUCAGGGCCACUUGGCGGUGACGGAGUUCCUUGUCAAGGAGGCCGGGGCGAACGUGAACGCGACGAACCACCGAGGGGACACGGCGUUGAGCCUUGCGGCCUUCUGGGGGAGGCUGGACUGCCUCAAGCUACUGCUGAGCCUCCCGGACACAGAUACGGAGAUCCUAAACGUGCAGGGCAAGCGGGCCGGGGAGGGCAUGCAAGAGCUGAUGCGGGACGAGAGCAACGACGAGGAGACCGUCAGGCUCCUCACGGAGAGCCGAGUCCGGCGGGGGAUACUACGCUUGUAGCGGAGGCGACGGCGGCGGCGGCGGCGUCUCUUACAAGCGGCCGCUUGCCUGGAGCACACUUGCUUUUGUACACCUCUUCAAUUCUGCCACUUCUUUGGCGCCUCUCGUGACUUCGGAGGCACAAAAGAGAGGGCGAGAGGGCUAAAAUGUUCUAAGGCCGAGGAGCUAUUAUACCCUGGUUUACUUCCCGGUGCCCCCCCACGUGCCUUGUCGCCCAUAGAGUAAGCUACAAUCAGCGGCAGUAGGUUUACCUGCAGGCGGCUCAACAGCUGUUGGCACACGCUCGCCUUGUGUUGUCUCCACCUUUCGCACUGCUGUGUGUAAGAGUGGGAAGGCUUGUGCAGGAAGAGUGCACUCUCUGCCGUUGUGAAGCUCUUUCAGGCCGAGAGGUAUAUUUAGACGAGUAGGCCUGUCCCUGUCCUGAGGCAGCGGGCUUGGCUUGCGCCCCCACGCCCACACGCACCCGCCCACCUUCGAUGCCCCCUCUUCCCAUGAGUGGUUUUUGCUGUACCUGUAGGCGUACGCAAUGAUGUCAGGAAGUACUGUAGCCAACGGGACGAAGGGAUAGGAUCUCCAGGCUAUCCUUGCUUGUCCGUGAGAGCGGGAGUUGGGGGUGGGGGGGGGAAGAUGGCUAAUUCAGAAAGGCACGAAGGGGUAUACGCGGCGAUAUGGUCUGCACUAUGGUAUUUGUGCCGCCGAGGUUGGUCACCCGCAAGUGGUUUCUGG